GUCCCAAUAAAUGUGAUUUAAAGAUGUUUUACUUUAUAUAUAUCUUUCCAAAGAUGAUGAGGUUUUCCUUUAUAAAUUGUCUCCAAUCCCAUUAUUUUUCCUUCGUAAAUCGUGUCUCCAAUCUCAUUUAUCUCAACUGCUAGAACUAUCGACUCACAACCACUUAUAGCACCAUACAAACUAAAGAAAAGAAACAAUUUAGGACAACAUAUAUACAUACACAAGCCAUGGCUUAUAAGUUAAGGUUUUCUUGGCUUUGCAUGAUGUUAACAGUUAGUUCAGUGAUAGGAGAAGGCGAUUAUGCAUAUGAUUACGAGGAUGCAUUUGCUCCGGGGGCUUCAGUCGAUACGGAAACUCCAGUGUCUGCACCGGUACCUGCGCCGUCAAGUGGGAGAACAGCUUUGGUGCCAGCUUUGUUUGCCUUUGGAGAUUCUUUGAUAGACAGUGGAAACAACAACCACCUUCUCUCAUUUGCAAAAGCCAAUUAUUUCCCUUAUGGCAUUGAUUUUGGUGGCCCCACUGGACGCUUCUCUAAUGGCUACACCGUCCUUGAUCAGAUCGCUAAGCUUCUGGGAUUGCCUCUGCUUCCACCAUAUUCAGAGCUCUUCAACGCCGACAAAAUGCGUUACGGAGUGAACUAUGCGUCUGCUGCUGCUGGUAUCCUUGAUAUUACUGGCUUUCACUUUGUGGAACGAAUCCCAUUCAGUUAUCAAAUAAAUAACUUUGAAAACACGUUGGUAAGUCUGAUAAAAAAUAUGAGUGCAUCAGUUGUGAAAGAGGCAAUUCCCAAGUGCAUGUUCUUUGUGGGGAUGGGCAGCAAUGACUAUCUCAACAAUUACAUUAUGCCUGCCUACUUUAGUCAAGAUCAAUACUCUCCUCAAAAGUUUGCUGAGUUAUUGAUUCAUCAGUACAAAAAUCAAUUGACAAAAUUGUACGAUCUUGGGGCUCGAAAAUUUAUGAUUUCUGGGAUUGGACAAAUGGGUUGCAUUCCAAGCAUAUUAGCAGAAAGUUCAAGUGGUCAAUGCUCAGAUUUAGUAAAUGAAAUGGUCCAUCCAUUCAAUGCCAAACUAAAGACAAUGAUCAUGAAAUUCAACAGGGGUCUUCCUGGUGCCCACUUCAUUUUCCUUGACAUGGAAUAUAUGUUCAAGGAUAUCUUUAGAAACCACAAGUCCUAUGGGUUUAGUGUGAUAGAUCGUGGGUGCUGUGGCCUAGGACGAAAUAAAGGGGAAGUAACUUGUCUUCCAUUCCAAACACCAUGCCCAAACAGAGAUGAGUACUUAUUUUGGGAUGCAUAUCACCCCACAUCUGCAGUCAACCUCUUGCUGGGAAGUAUGGUUUUCCAUGGAGGUCCCAAUUUUACUUAUCCUAUGAAUAUUGAGCAGCUUGCUAGUCUCUGAGAUUGAAGAAGAUGUAUUAAUGGAAUAGUCAUUUUUUUAUUGUAUCAUGAAAGAAAGACCUUAGGAAAGAGUGGGGGAACUUCUAAAACAUGGUUUUCCUUGCUAUAUAUGGAUGGUAAAUUACAUUUGUUUGCAGUGAAUUAUUAUAAUUUAUAUAUAUCUUUGUUGGACCCUUUUUCGAA